CAACCUCUCUUUCUUGUCCCUCUCUCUCUCUCUCUCUCUCUAUAUAAGAGAACAAAUAAAAAAAAGAUUCGUUUUGUACGCGACGCCGCGACUUCGUAAUCUGCCCCUCCGUCUGCCGUUUCUCCUUCUUUGAAUGUUCUUACGCCGUUUGGUCUUUCUAUCGGAAGCAGCUGAUACUUUUUUCUUGGGGAGUUUCGAAGUUUAUUCCGUUUUGGGAUUCUGUUUAGAUACCAAAUUCAUGUUUGAGAAGUCAGAUCUAUACUAUUGAUGUGCUUUCGACAAAAUACCUUUCGUUGUUGGGGUGAUUAUAUUGUAUCUUCUGGACCGAAGCAUUUUGCAUUAGAAACCCAUAAUUUUACAACGGACUAUGCUAUUUUCUCCGUCUCUUUCUCUAUUUCUGAACGAGAAAAUGCAACAUCACGGUGGUUUGAGCGUCCAGAAAUAUGUCAAAGCUUUAGAGGACGAGCUCCGCAAGAUCCAGGUGUUUCGGCGAGAGCUACCUCUCUGUUUGGAGCUUGUUACCCAUGCUAUUGAGGCAUGUCGGCAACAAUUGUCAGGGACGACAACGGAAAACAACUCGCAUGGCCAGUCUGAGAGUUCGGAGCAGACGACUUCAAAUGAUGUUCCACCAGUGUUCGAGGAGUUCUUUCCGAUAAAGCGGUCUGCUUCAUCCGAUGAUGAUAAUGAAGAGCACCAUUCGCACAAGGCUAAUACGGAGAAGGUGAUACGCAAUGACAGUAAGAAGAAAUCUGAUUGGCUUAGAUCCGUUCAGUUGUGGAAUAACCCCACCUCAGAUCCACGACCCAAAGAGGAUGUACCGAGAAAGGCAGCGGAUUUGAAGAGGAACGGUGGCGGUGGUGGUGGUGGUGCUUUCCAGCCUUUCCAAAGAGAGAAAAGUGUCGGGAAGAGCAAUGCAUCAGAGGGCAAAACGCCUUCUUCUCUGGCACGGGAGGCGGCGCCGGCUGUGGUGGUGGCUACGACGAGUUCUUCGGCGGUAACAGCCACCGGAGGGAGUGAUGGAAAUGACGGAAGAGAACAGAGAGAAGGGCAGUCUCAGAGAAAGCAGAGGCGGAAUUGGUCCCCUGAGUUGCACAGGCGGUUCUUGAAUGCGCUUCAACAACUUGGUGGUUCACAUGCAGCGACACCUAAGCAAAUCAGGGAGCUAAUGAAGGUUGAUGGGCUUACUAAUGACGAAGUCAAAAGCCAUUUACAGAAAUAUAGGUUGCACACAAGAAGACCAAGUCCAUCAAUCCAAAAUAAUGUCAAUCCACAACCACCACAAGUUGUAGUUGUGGGAGGCAUAUGGAUGCCAGCACCUGAUUAUGCAGCAGCAAUGGCGGCAUCAGGGGAAGCAGCCGGUGUUGCUGCAGCAAAUGGAAUCUAUGCUCCAGUGGCUGCACCACCACCACCUGCAGUGCAACAGGCAUCAGCAUCUCAAAAAGCUCAAAGAUUACAGCACAAAGAAUCCCGGCCCUCCCAAGCACAAUCUGAAGAAAGGUUUAGCCAUAGUGGGAAGAGAGCUUGUUCUGAUUCCCCGGCUACAUCAUCCUCCACCCACACUACCACUACUUCUCCUGUGUUUUAACUUUCAUAGAGCUGUAGAAUGAUGUAAAAAAAAGUUUUGUAAUCAAGAUUUGAUAGAAAAUCCUUUUAAGAUAUCCUCACAUCA